AUGGGAGAUCAAGAACAAGGUCAGCCAACCUACAAAGCGGACAAAGCCAAUAAGAUGAGACGAUUCAGCCCAUCACGGAAAGUAUCUGUAAUAAAUAAUAGUCCCAUGUGUGGACAGAGAUCAAUUAGAAACACUUCAGGAUUUCCACAAGGCUUCAUGCUUGGUCCAACGCUCUGGAACGGUAUGUACAACGGUGUGCUGACGAUUAAGCUGUACAAAGGAGCCGAGGUCGUUGGCUUUACUGAUGAUAGAAGUUUGCAAACAAUCCCACAUCAGACCACCAAAAGUAUUGUUUAUGAUGAUGAUGAUGAUGAUGAUGAUGAUGAUGAUGAUGAUGAUGAUGAUGAUGAUGAUGAUGAUGAUGAUGAUGAUGAUGAUGAUGGUCCCACCCGUAAAAAGGAUUUAGCUUGA